CUCAGCGGGGACAGGCGGUAAUUGGCAAGGUAGUGGAGAGAAACCCAUCCGGUAGUUUGCAGCCUUCUACUUCAUUGCCGUGGUUCUUUGGUUCAUGUUGUUGUUUUGUUCCUUUUGGCUUUGCCAUCGACCAUCGUCCCCCGAAGAAAAUGGCUUGUGUGAAAACCCGAGGCCGAGACGCAGAGCAGCGGUAUCGGAAUGGGCGGCCGAUUUAAUUUGAGCGCAACUCUCUGUGACGUCCAUCAAUGGCAAAGCUCUGAAGUACGAAACUGUCACUGGGCUGGUUCGACCUUCGUAGUCUUCCCUCCUUCAGCAUUGGAAACGGCGAAAGCACGUGGAAAUCAGAGGCUAAGCAAGGAUUUCUCUAGUUCAAUCCGUCACGCGUAGUCGUAUUCCCUCAAUCUCCGGGCGCAUUCGAGACAGAAAAUUGGGGGAUUUUUGCACGAGUCGGUGUUUUUGGUGAUUGAUCACGGAACAUAUUAUACCGGGAUGGUGCUUGGUUUUACCAAAGAAAUUUUAUCGCAUAAUCACUGCAUUAAGUGCUUCUUGCUUAGAAAGGCCUCUGCCCUUCGUAGGACUGCCUUGACUUCAAACAUUUAUGAUUUUGUUUACAAUUUUCGGCUUCGAGGUUCUCAAGAAUCACAUGGUCACUGCAUACAGUUCGUUGGAUCUCUGCAAAAUUUUUCCACUUGCAACCAUUGUGAAAGGUUAUCUUGGGAAGGUUCCUCUCGCGAAAUUCUGUUGAGGAAGCUUGAAAGUUCUUUGAAGAGUCAUCAAGUUCAAGAGGCAUGGGAAUACUUUCAUGAUUUUAAAAGCCUUUAUGGCUUUCCUGUGGGUUGUCUAGUGAAUCAGCUGGUCGUUCAAUUAUCUUACACAUCUAAUCAUGUCUGGUUACGAAAAGCAUGUGAUCUAGCCUUGCAAAUUGUCAAAGAGAAGUCAAACUUACUUCAGGCUGAUACCUUAACUAAACUUGCUCUCUCUCUAGCAAGGCUGCAAAUGCCAGUCCCUGCCUCGAUGAUUCUCAGGCUAAUGCUAGAGACAGAGUGUGUUCCUCCUAUGAAUUUAUUGUCGUUGAUUUUUUUGCAUAUGGUAAAGACAGAAAUUGGGUCACACAUCGCAUCCAAUUACCUGGUUCAAAUUUCUGAUUGUUUUAGUUCCUUAAAUGACAAAAGCGCUCAUGAGGCAGUGCUGGUCAAGCCAAAUACAAUGAUCUUUAACCUUGUGCUUGAUGCUUGCGUGAGAUUCAAAUUAUCACUGAAAGGUCAAUGCGUCAUGGAUUUAAUGCCAAUGACAGGCACAGUGGCCGAUGCACACUCCAUUGUCUUUAUUUCACAGAUACUAGAGAUGAAUAGUUUGAGAGAUGAAAUGAUGGAAUUAAGGGGCCAUAUUGAUGGAGUAUCAACUCCUUACCUUCCUUAUUAUCGUCAGUUCUAUGAUAGUUUGUUGAGCUUGCACUUCAAAUUUAAUGACAUCAAUGCUGCUGCUGAGCUUGUUUUGGGUAUGAAUAAACAACAUCAAAGUCAUAUCAAUAGAAAGGACAGGAAACAAAAGCCUUUCCUUGUUGCACUCGGAUCUCAUCACCUCAAGCAUGGAUUGAAGAUACAGUUUGAUCCUGAGCUGCUCCAGAAGGACUCUGUCCUUAAAGUUGAAGGCCGACAACAUCUUAUUCUUUAUAGGGAUGGAAAACUUGUCCUCAGUAACAGGGCUCUUGCCAAGUUCAUCAGUCGGUACAAGAAAGACGGGAAGAUUAGUGAACUGUCAAAGCUUCUGCUGAGCAUUCAAGAGGAUUUAUGUUCAUUAGCAGGAUCCAGUUUAUGUUCUGAUGUGAUUGGUGCUUGCAUUCAGUUUGGCUGGCUUGAAUCUGCUCAUGAUAUUUUGGAUGACAUGGAAGCCUAUGGGUCUAGAAUGGGCUUAGAAACAUAUAUUUCUCUACUGUCAGCAUAUUACAAAAGAAAAAUGCAUAGAGAAGCAGAUGUUCUGAUAAAACAAAUGAAAAGGGCAGGUUUGGAUGAAAAUUUAUCUGAUGACACUAUUAACAGACUUGUUCUCAACGCAGAAACAUCAUAUUCACUUGGUUUAUCUGAUUUAGCAGUCACUUUGGGUCAAGUAUUGAAAGAUGAAGAGGAGACAAUUUCCCCUGCAAUUUAUGAGCUUAAUUCUUGUAUCUACUUUUUUAGCAAGGCAAGAAUGAUAGAAGAUAUGUUGAAGGCAUAUAGAAGACUAAAAGAAAAAAAUAUUCAAUCCGCAGUCCAAAGUUUUGCUUAUAUGUUGUUUGGAUAUUCGUCUCUGGGUAUGUACCGUGAAAUCACAAUUUUAUGGGGAGACAUCAAGAGAUUCAUGAGUAAUGGCAGUUUAAAGCCAAAUAGAGAUCUGUAUGAGUUACUAUUGCUAAAUUUUCUUCAAGGUGGUUAUUUUGAGAGAGUGAUGGAGGUCAUUGGACAUAUGAGAGACCAAAACAUAUAUACUGAUAAGUGGAUGUACAAAAGCAAGUUCCUAAGACUUCAUAGGAACCUUUAUAGGAGUUUAAAAGCGUCAGAUGCUAAAACAGAGGCACAGAGCAAAAGGUUUGAGUAUGUUCAGGCUUUUAGGAAGUGGGUGGGAAUUGAUUAAACAUCUCUGAGUAAUAUUUAUGUAUUGAUGCAUCCAACAUAAUUUCCAGCAAAUCGUUGGUGUCUUAGCAUGGUCGAUGUUAUUUGCUGAGUCAUAUUUGUGAUCUAUCAGUUUUACUUCUGCCUCAACUUCAGUUUUUGGAGAACAGGAGUGAAGUAUAUAAGAAUAUCUCAAUGCAACUUCAAAUGUAUUUGGAUGACUUUCAGAUUCUGGUAAAUAGUGGAACCCGCUCAUUUAUGUCAGGCUAUUCUUGGACAAGUGGGCUUAAAAAUUUUUUAA